AUGCCUUCCCAAAUCUUCGUCACAGAGCCCCACCCCACCGUGGCACCAAACACCUACAUCUACUCCGGCCGCGGCGGCGCCGGCAACAUCUUCCGCGCCCCGGCCGUCACCACCCCGGCCGCCGGCAUCACCACCCCCCUCAAGCCCGCCCCCGUCACCACCAACAACAACAGCGUCCGCCGCUUCUACUCGGGCAUCGGCGGCGCCGGCAACGCCCACGUCGGCACCGCCAGGCCCCCCGUCAGCUUCGACGAGGACUUUGACCGCCAGCAGGUCCGCGACCGCGCCACCGUCGGCCACGUCGGCAUCGGCGGCGCCGGCAACGUCUCCCGCCGCAAGGGCUCCGACGCCUCCUCCGUCCUGAGCGACGAGUCCUCCGCCUCCUCGGGCUCCUCCCUCAAGUCCAUCAAGGAGCGCGGCGGCAACUUCCUCCGCCGCCUCGGCUCCAAGAAGAACUGA